AUGGGCAUCGCGCUUGUCAGUGCGGUGUUCGCAGCCGCUUCGUUAAAAGCGGCCGACAAGCCAAACAUUCUUGUGAUUUGGGGAGAUGACAUUGGUAUUCCUCAGAUCAGCGUCUAUUCGCACGGGAUGAUGGGUUAUCAAACGCCCAACAUCGAUCGCAUUGCGAAGGAAGGGGUUUACUUCACCGACGCCUAUGGGCAGCAAAGCUGUACUGCAGGUCGGGCCAGUUUCAUCCUAGGGCAAGAACCUUUUCGUACCGGGCUGCUGACCAUCGGCAUGCCUGGCGAUCCGCACGGGAUUACGGAAUGGAUGCCGACGCUGGCCGACGCCUUAAAAACGCAGGGCUAUGCGACAGGACAGUUCGGCAAGAAUCAUCUUGGCGACCAAGACAAGCACUUACCGACCAAUCAUGGCUUCGACGAGUUCUUUGGAAAUCUCUAUCACUUGAAUGCGGAAGAAGAGCCAGAAGGUUACUUUUACCCGAAGGAUCCCGAGUUUCUGGAAAAGUAUGGUCCGCGCGGAGUGAUCAAGUCGUCGGCCGAUGGAAAGAUCGAAGACACCGGGCCGCUCAAUACGAAGCGUAUGGAAACGGUUGAUGAAGAGUUUCUGGCGGCAGGCAAAGACUUCAUUGAGCGACAAGUGAAAGCCGACAAGCCGUUCUUUGUGUGGUUCAACUCGACCAGAAUGCAUGUCUUUACGCAUUUGAAGAAAGAAUCGCUCGGCAAGACCGGGAAGGGGAUUCAUGCCGAUGGGAUGGUCGAGCAUGACGGCCACGUUGGGCAGCUGCUCGAUCUGUUAGAUGAACUGAAAAUUGCCGACAACACGAUCGUGAUUUACA